AGUAGGUGGCGCGGCGGGCGCUACGGGAGAAAAUUUGCCACUGCGCCGACCAUUAUUUGUGCGCACGGUGUUUGUGAAUUGUUUUGUGUUGUCCAGUUUUUUUUCUUCCCCCCGAUAAUGCCUUGCUUAGCUUGAAAAGCUGCUUUAAUUUUCCGCCCCAGUGCCGAACCUCUCCCCAGCAGCCCUCUGGCAUGAGCCGCUGUGAUCCUUAGAAGUUACGCCAUCGUGCUCGCUCGCAAAUCUUCCACCAACACCCCCUUUUUCCGUUCGACGACCCUUCAUCGGCGAAGUCCCCCCGCCAACAUCACAUCAAAUCAUGUCCGGCAGUGGAAUCGUGAGUGCGCAGGGCACAGUGGUUUUCGGCGUGCCUCCUGCGGCAGCUGCGGCGGACCCGUGCGUGCCGUUGCAACCCUCUGUUCCCGUUGCGCAGAGAUCUACGCUGUCUCCCAACGCAUCACCCUUCGUGCCCAAGAACUUUGCUGUGCCCGUCGUGGCGGCGGCCACUCCACAAACUCCUUUCGCUGCUGCCGCGACGGCCCCAGCCGCAGCGACGGUGGCCGAUAGCGACAUGUCAUACGCACCGCCACUGCCUCCCAAUGUUCAAACCAUCUACGUCACGGGCCUGCCUGGAUACUAUGCCUCGUACGUGCCAACACCAGCGAUGCCCUUCUACACCAUGCAGUACCAAUGUCUGUACCAGCCCACACCACCCAUGGGUGUCUGCUGCCCUAUGGAGGAGAGCAUGCCAUCAGUGGCUGACGAACCACCUGUUACUGCCAUAGUGGCUCCUGCCACUGCAGCUACUUCUGGGCCACAGCAGCAGCCGUUGCAGCUACAGCAGCCCAUGGUUCAAAAUGCCAGAAGAAAUAAAAAGAAAAGUAGAAGUGGACGCAGGAGAGAGAGUGCUUCACACAGGGAUGCUAUGACAGCAGUCGAUGCAAACACAAGCGCCCUGCCCGAGUUUGGGCAGGCUUCAGGGAGGAGCGGUGCAGGUGCAGCGAGGGUCACUACUGUCGACCGUGAAGAGUGGCAGGGAGGGCUGGCCAGCCCAGACUUCUCCAGCAGCUCCGAGUUCCCGUCGCUGCCUGUGCAGGACUUUCCACAACGGCAGUCACCUUCGGGCAUCAGCUACUCUACGGCACUACAGCAGCAGAAAGCACCCCGGCCACCUGCAGUUCCCUCUGGGGCCACGACAAACAGGGACACAGAAGAGCUGGGGUCGUCUACAGCGGGGGUGAACACGCGAAACAUACAACAAGGACGUCGCGGUGGUGGCAACAGUAGCAGCAGCAGCCCCAACGAUGCAAAUAACAAGCAUCACAAAAGAGGCAGUGGGUCGCGCAAACAUCGGCGUGGUGGUGGUGGUGGGGGGGCUGGUGUUGGUGGCGGGAUUGAAGGGGUCAGGCGUGUGGAAGACACAGAACCAUCAACAAGGAUGCAGCAUCACCAGCAGGAGAGGAGGGGCCCAAAGAGAAGUGGCGGGGGAGCGAAGGCAGCUGUGCCAGCCAUCGACGGAGGUGCUGAGAAGCAUCAGUUCGAGGCCCCCGAAAAGGACAAAUCGGAGCUGAGGCAUGAAACAGAAGCUGUUGUACAAAAUGUACCUAGGAUUGGCAGUGGUCGUAUGCCUCACCAAAACAGUGUGAGAGUGAAUGCUGCGCGGGGACGGCGGGACACACGCCACUCAUCACUGCUUCGUGGUGUCCUGAAGGGAGAUGGGACCAGGCAGUACCAGCAGCAAGGGGGACGCGGUGGGGGAAACCGCAAGGGAUCAGAUGCGGAUCGCCAUGUGCCAGCGGUGGAGGUUGGCCUGCAUGAAGAUGAGAAGCCAGCCCUGAGGAGGAGCUGGAACUCUGGAAGUCCUGCCAGGCAGAAGGACUCUGUGGAUGAGUAUCCGCCACUGGGCAGCAGAGGCACAGAAGACUCAUUGGAGCGCUCACCGGAAGGACGGACGACAAAAGCGGACGCCAAGGAUGCCAUGGUUAAACAGGGAGACAAUAUUCCAAAGCAGCAUCCACAGCCACCUCUCAGAGAGAAAGGGAGCAAGCACGGGCCUAUGAAGCCCCUCACUUCGACCAAUGGGGGCAGCAGUGGGCCCAAGCACAAGACAGCCAUAAGCAUGGCCAUUGCAGAUAUCAUGGUGCCCAAGCAGAGGCAGCCCAAGAAGCUUAAAGAGAAGGAGAACCUGCUCGAACGCAGCAGCAAGAAGCCUGAGGUGGCCAGGAGUUGCCUGGUGGCGAACCGCCUGGACUCUUCGGCACCCAGCAAGAAGCGGGGCAAAGAGCGCGAAACUCCGGCUCGCAGAAAGCUGUCGGUCAUGAAAAAAAUAAUACUGAAGGAGCGCGAAGAGCGUCGCCAGCGUCACGAGAAGCUUCGGCUUGUCACGGCGGCCAGGCAGAGCCUCCUGGCAAACUCAGCAGCCGAAGUGGUGGUCGAGCUGGCGCGGGACCCAGCACCAACGGAAGGCCACGAAGACAGUGAACCGGGGACGCUGCCUCCGCGGACUUUGCCGGAUGUGGCAGCCGUGCCGCAGGAGAAGCGCUUGCACUCCACCAGGUUUAGGGACUACUGCGACCACGUUCAGACUGCAGAGAUCAACCUGACCACCAAGACAUUACUCACCGAUCUGGUGUUCUUCCAGGAGCGACUGUACCAAAAGGACCCCAUCAAGGCCCGAUCUAAGCGGCGUUUAGUGUAUGGACUGAAAGAAGUGCGCAAGUACCUGCUGCUCAACAAACUCAAGUGCAUCAUUUUUGCCCCGGACAUUGAAGAAGUAAAAGCUGAAGGGGGCCUGGACCACUCACUGGGCGCCAUGAUCGAGUAUGCGCGUGCGCACUUUGUGCCCACGGUGUUCGCGCUGAGGCGCCGCCUUCUGGGAACGCUGGCCAAGAAGAACGUGGCCGUCAGUUGCAUCGGCAUCUUCGACUACAGUGCGCGGGAGACACAGUUCAAGCAGCUUCUCGAGCUGGUCAGCGCGGCUAAGAAGACUUACGUGGAACUCAAAGAAAGGUUGGCCCACGGCGAUUCUCCAUCGGACGCUAGUCAAGGAGAGGACAACGGCGACCCAGAGUCGCACUCCGUCGCGACCUCUGCCGGAAACGCGCUCUGCGUUGGCGCCACCUCUUCAGCAGGCGCCAUCGAUGACGGCUGGGUGACCACAAACGAGGAGUCCGACUCCGAGGACCCCGAUGAUUCGCUGACGGUGGCCAAGGUGGAGACGUCAACGAAUGUUGACUCGGUCGCCCGGCUCCUCGCUCUGACGCUAAGGUCAGCUGGCCGCGAAUCGUAGUCGACGAUGUGCGCUUUUCUUGCUUAUUUGCUGUGCGUGUGUGUGAUAGAAAACAAGUGUUCUACGUGCUCGUAACAUUGUGAACUUUGGAAGUGGCUCUUCAGACAAGUACAAAUGCACAAUGACAAGGAAACGAGAGAAAGCCGCGCACGCAAGCAUGCAUCACCAACUUCCAACUUUUACGUUCGCCGGAGUUCGCGCCAAGCGCACGAAUUCGAACGAACGGUGGUUGUGAUUUUUGCACUGUGUGCGUGCCACUAGUGGGCGAGCUUUUCUAAAGAAAAAAAAAAGCAAACAUAUUUUUCUUACUUGGGUGAUAUCGUGCUUGUGCAUCUUGUAAAGGCCUGUCCAACCUUCGCGUCAAAAUUACGUCGCUUUCUGCUUGAAGCAACUGUCGUGAAUGAGCUCCCUCUGACAUUCUGCGACUUCCUGGGUGUACCACUCGCACAUCAAGAGCAGCACAAGGCAGGCGGAUGGAUCGCGCGAAUGUGUGUCAUGAGAAGCGUAUACGUAUUAUACAGGGAGAGACUUUGCCACUAAUAACUGCUUGCGAGCCGUGCUUUGUACCCGUGGUCGAGCGUAUAUGCAUGUCAAGCUGAAUGGUAAAUCAUAAUGUAGUAAAAAAUGUGGUGCCAGUCCCUGUGAGGAUUUUUGAUUCGACGACCAAAAUUUGUAGUGCUUGUACCUAGAGAAACAGGGGUGUUUGCUCUGACGUAUUUAAACGCUGGAGAUGGCUAGUAGUAUGUUAUUUUGCCCGCAGGGAACCUUACUUCAGUCAAAAUUAUUUAGAAAAUUGUUGAGUGGCGACUAAUUUCUAAAAUGUGUAAACUUUAGCACGGUAGUACAAACGCUCAGUGUGUGAGCUCAUGUUUUCUGAGAAACCAGCAGCUGUUUACUGUCAUAAGUUUGUUCAGUCAAUCUGUUAUUUGACGCGAGAUUAAGUCAAGCUGCCACUUACAUACUCUGUGUCGCGCUCACGUGAACGUGUGACACAUAUAUUAGACAUCACCAUAUAACAUUAUCUAUUGAAGUGCAUCAUUAAAAAUUACAAGGUACAUAUUUUUUCAAGUCUGUUCGCGAUUUUUCGGUUAUGUAAGUGCUUUAUUUUUAUAGUGCAAUUCAUUGUUGUCCACAUGCAAGGGUAGAAUUGUUUGUAUUGUACAUAGGGGAUUCAUUGAUAGAAGCAUACAUCUGGCCAUUUGACAUGCCACACAUGGCAGGAAUUCUGCAAUGUACAUAGCUUCCUAGUGACGUCUCAUUACAGUUGCCAUAAUUUUAAACAUUGCAUUUGAUUGUUCGCACUGUGACUUUUGAUUCACUCAGAAUCAUUCUCCUAAUUUCUAGGUGAUAUGAGUAUUGUGAAACCAAAUGCAUCUACUUAUUCACACCUUUUGCGGGAAGGAGAUGUAGCUGUCCGCUGUUUGGUGUCACUUACGCGUGUUGAAUAGUCUAUGCAAAUUCAGCUUGUCUGUUCUUGUUGAAAUAGUUUGUGCGUUGUUGAGUGCAGUGUAUAUCUACCACACAUUUGCACGAGGGGGAUAUCCAGAUGGUAUAUUUAGAAAAGAAUUAUGAAGUUUGCACAUCCAAUAGAAAACAAAUGAUGGCCGCGGAAAAACAUUUUUUUCUUAGCAGCCUGCGCAGGCGUUCGCGUGCUCAACCAACUGUAGCAAUUUCAUGUUGCGGGGCUGUGCUAGAAAUCCUAUUUUUUACUGAUGCCGGGGUCUUCAAACUUUCGUUCGCUAGUGUACAAUGAGCAAAGUGCUGGUGUAAAUGGGUUAAGAUUCGAGCUGCUAAUUUUACGCGUUGAUCAAGAAGUGUUGAAGGAUUUAUUGGUCCCCGUGUUUCCCCCAUGUUCUUCUUUUUCUUUCUGCGCCUUCGUUGUACCACCAGCGUGUUGUUUCAUUCAACAUCAAAAUGAACAGAGGCAUCAGACAUUUAAUUCUACCUAUAUAGAUACAAACAAUGAAGUUGAAUCAUUCUAUAAAUGCAUGAUUUUGGAAUGAAAACAUCAAGCAAAGUGAAAUAAACUUAUUAUCACAUGCAA